AUAGUUAAGCACCACACAACGCUGGGCGUAAUUUUCUCUGAGCAUCUGUCGUGGGAUCGCCAUAUUGAUAAUUUGGUCCGCAGGUUGUGCAGAGUCAUUGGCGUUAUUAGAAGAUGCCGCACUAUAUUGCCUGUUAAUAUUAAACUCACUAUGUUUGAUGCCCUUUUCAGGUCUCAUAUAAAUUACUCUAACCUCGUGUGGGGUAAAACAACAACUUCGAAUUUAAACAAAAUACUGUUACUUCAAGAAAAGAUACUACGCAUCAUCGCGGAUGUACAUUACCUAUACCACACUAAACCGCUGUUCCAAAAAAUCAAGAUUAUUGGCACAAAUAUGCACCUGUAUCGCCUUUUGUAUGCUGUCCUUUGCGGAACAAAUGAAUUCAAUGAAUUUUUUUUGAGAACCUCGGACUUGAAUAAAAAAGAAAUCUCGAUCAGUAUGCGCUGCUCUCACAUAUGGUAUGUUCCCCACUUCCGCACAAAUCAUGCUUUACAAUCCCUUCGCCAUAUGUUACCUACUCUUCUCAACAGGUACCAUCUAGGAAACAUAGAUAUAUACUCGCUUACCACAGCUGAAUCGUAUGUGUGUUUUAUCUAUCACGGAUGUCUCUUUAUGACAUUUUUCUUUUUCUCACUUUUGCAUAAUAUACUUGCUGCCGAACGUUCCUUCGCUCUCACUUCUUUACUCUGUUUAUUUUUACUUAAGUAUAUGCGUAGUUGGUAA